AUUAAUAAGUGUUAAUCAAGACAUUAAAUUGGAAAAAUAUUAUCAUAAAAGAAAAUGGGUACUGAUGGAGAAAGGGCAGCCCUCGUCAGUGGACACAAUCUAUACACAGAGGAGGGAGGAAGAGGUGAUGAAAUUUCUCCACCUCCUGCUGAAGAGAUUUCAGAACCAGAGAAUAUAUUGGGGCAAUUUCAUCAAGAUGCCUUGACUCAGGUUGGGAUGGGAAAAUAUCAGUGGCUUCUUGGUCUCAUUGCUGGCUUCUGUUUCAUGGCUGAUGGAGUACAAGUAUUUAUCCUUCCCUAUAUAACUCCAAGUAUUCAAGCUGAGAUGUGCCUUGAGGAUGCGAAAAUACCAUGGUUUAGCGGAGUGACCAUGAUUGGACUGACAAUCGGUGCUAUUCUCUGCUCUCUCGGGGACCAUAUAGGGCGAAAGUCAAUACUUCUUCAUGGACUGAUAAUACAUUUUCUUUUUAAUAUUGGUACAGCUAUAGCUCCGACUUUCGAUGUGUUGUUAACUACAAGGCUUGGCAGCUCAAUUGGAUUAGGAAUAUGCUAUCCUGUGGCUUGUAUUUACUUGGCUGAAUUCUUACCACAAAAUUCUCGAGGAAAAUUGUCCGUUUUGCUCUUGUUUUGGGCAUUGGGAGGUUUUUAUGUUUUGUUUCUGGCCUAUAGUCUUCUUCCAGAUUCAGGAGAACAAGUAAUCUAUCAAUCAAAAGAUCACACGAGUAAUUGGCAUAAUCUUUUUCUUCUAUCAUCACUUCCGACUGUUUUUGCGAUCAUAUCAAUAUUUUUCGCAUCAGAAUCCAUUCGAUUUCUUCUUUAUAAAGGAAAAGAUGUCAAUGCCAUCAUGAUGUACCAGAAAAUGUACAAAUGGAGUGCUUCACGUAGUGCACAGUACCAGCUCACUGAACUCGAACUACCCAGAAAAGUUAUUUCUUCAAAGCCACCUCCACCAAAAUCUGUCUGGAAUCAAAUUAUCUACAAUAUUACUGAGUAUUUUGGUGCUAUUAAACAACUCGGAAUAAGACAAAAUACAAUUCCAGUAGUGCUUCUUUCAUUAACAUGGGCAGCCUUAGGAUUUAGUUACUACACCAUGAGUAACUGGGUACCUCAGCGAUUGCACAAUUUAAAGGAUAUAGACUAUUUCGCUCAGAUGAGAGUUGUAAGAGAUCAACAGGAAUUUGGAAAGACCUAUAAUUAUGGCUUAGAAAAUCAAUUAUUUGAAAAUGUAACAUUCGAAUCAUGUCUGUUUUCUUCAAUCAUUUCACAUGUCAUCUUUAAAAAUUGUGUAUUCAAUAACUCAGAUUUCUCAGGAAUACAUUCUAGUAAAACAUAUUUCAUUGAUUCAAUGAUAGAAAACACAAGGAUUUAUGACACCGAUUUUACUGAUGAUCGUUUCAUAAAUACUGAGUUUAUCAAGGUUUCAUAUUUUUCAACAAGAACUCCUUGUCGUAAUGAUUUAGACUUCAGAAUCAGACUAAAAGAUAAGCUUACUGAAAAUAUGCUUCGUCUGAUUUCUCCUUUGUUGGCAAUGACUAUUCACAAUCUCUGUUUAUAUAAAUUUUCUAGAAACAAAGUUGGAGGAGCAUCGAUGCUGAUUUGUAGCUUGAUGUCAAUAGCUUGUUGGUUCCUCAACGACGAAAUAGCAGUUUUGGUGUUUGAUUUUGUUUAUUCAAUCAUAUUUCUCUUUUCUUUCAAUGCUGUUAACAUAAUAACAGUUGAAGCUUUCCCAGUUCAUUUAAGAGCUACUGGUUUCGGUAUCUGCUUUGCUUGGUUCAGGUUGUUUGGACUCAUUUCAGCUCACGUCGUUUUGAUAAUACCAUUAACAAUCAGUCUCCUUCUAGUGGGAGGGAUCGCACUAUUUAGGCUGCAAGAUACAUCAUUUAACCUAAUGUAA